CUUCAAUUGAGGUUCUUACACAACGAAACCAAUGAAGAAGUGGUCGUAUCACAGGGGUGCAAAACGUAAAAAUCCUGCAUCUUCGGUAAUUUUACGGUGACAGACACAAGGGGUGACAGACACUAGGAUAGAGAUAAAGUGAGAGGUGGGGUCCUCCUAGCCUGUCACCUAAACGUAUUUUCAGACUGAAUCCCAACGAGGCCCUACUCGCGGACUCUGUUCUAAUUUCACCCAUCAAAUACGCGGCGGCAUCAUGGCCUACAUCGCUGUCCAAAGGAUAAAACGGGAAUUUAAGGAGGUUCUGAAAAGCGAAGAGACGAGUAAAAACCAGAUCAAGGUGGACCUAGUGGAUGAGAACUUCACAGAACUAAAGGGAGAGAUAGCAGGACCCCCAGACACACCAUAUGAGGGAGGUAGAUUUCAGUUAGAAAUCAAAAUUCCAGAAACAUAUCCAUUCAACCCACCAAAGGUGCGAUUUAUCACAAAAAUCUGGCAUCCCAACAUCAGCUCUGUCACUGGUGCUAUAUGCCUGGACAUCCUCAAAGACCAGUGGGCGGCAGCCAUGACCCUGCGGACAGUGCUGCUGUCGUUACAGGCUUUACUGGCAGCAGCGGAGCCGGACGACCCACAGGACGCUGUGGUUGCCCAUCAGUAUAAGCAGAACCCAGAGAUGUACAAACAGACGGCUCGGCUUUGGUCGCACGUAUACGGCGGUGCUCCCAUCUCCAGUUCAGAAUACACACGCAAAAUAGACAAACUCUGUGCAAUGGGCUUUGACAAAAAUGCAGUAAUAGUGGCGCUGUCAUCGAAAUCCUGGGAUGUUGAGACGGCAACAGAGCUCCUGCUCAGCAACUGAUUCCAAUCUGAGAGUCCACCUGCCUGCACCUACCCUACGACUACCAUCCUCCUCAUUUCCUCAAUUCUCUCGUCUUACCAUCUGCAAGUCUCUCUCUCUCUCUCUCUCUCGCGCACUCACUCACUCAUACACACGGACAUUCUGUCGCUUUCCUCUGUCGGUACCCUUCAUCAGGUCCCAAGACAAAAGCCCUUACAUCUUCACGUCCAUCUUGCAGUGUCAACCUAUUCAGUCUUUCUCUCUCUCUCUCUCUCUCACACACACACACACUCUCACACACACACACACACACACACACACACACACACACACACACACACACACACACACACACACCAGUACACAUUUUCCAGUGAUCAACUUCUCUGGACUCUUGAGUUCUCCUCUUUUCCCUGUUUCUUCUCUCACCACAUACCCACUUAUGGGCAUUUGAAAUCUGUUUUUCCAUACUAGAUCUGUCUUCACUUUUCUCACACACACACACUCACACACACUCACACUCAAAUGCGCAGUCUCUUCCCUUUUCCAUUUUUCCUUGUUUUACCUGGACUGGCCAUUGCCUUUUGUUUUCUUUUGAGAUCCUUCCUUUCCAAUGUGCAGCUUUUCUCUUCAGUUCUUUUGUCUUUUUUGCUCCAUUCCAACCACACUCUCCUCUUACCUUUGUGUUGUCCGGUGACUCUUCACCAGGCGUUUUUUAAACAGGUUGCUCUUCCUCUCAACCUCCUGUCCCUACCUCUUUUAUGCACAAUCAUCCAUAUCUACCCCAACACCCCCCUUUUUUUAUUUGGAAGACAUUCGGACUCCCACUUUUAAGCUAACAGAUAAUGUAAAGAAUUGAUAUCCAUCAUCCCCACUGUUCAUCAACAGAAUAGCCUGAACCAACCAAGACUGGAUUAUUAAAGAAAAAAAAGAGACAGUAAUGAUGCCACUCCCACAGAACUAUGUCUUGAGAAAUGACAUGAGAGAAAAAAAAUCAUCUGUAAAUAAUGCUAUUAAAGUCUGUAUAAAUGAAAA